AUGUCCACCGCUGUUGCGUCGGCCUCCGCGGCCCCGUUACCAUCUCCGCAUCAGAAUCGGGACCCCAGUCCCAAGAGCUGUCCGACCUUGGCUCCCAACUCCCAUCCUCAGCCAUCGACUACUCCUCCUCGGGUGUCUAUCUCUUCUCAAGAUGCCCCCAAAACAUCACCAUCGGAGAAGAAGCAAGUUUCUCCCUCAUCGCAGAAUGGAAAGAAUGCCCCUAAAGUCACCGUCAAAAAGGAGCCCCCGUCGUCCCCAGCGAUGCAGUCUCAAAGUACCCGACCCCGACCUCGCAAACUGGACCUGUCCAGCAGCCUGCCUACCUCUAGCGGGUUAUCUGCUCGACCCCCCGGUGGUCCAAUGACUGCCCGAGAAGGAGUUAGUAUGCAGCAUGUAGGCAUCGCUUGCUUGUCCCCGGGCUUCCAGACCCACGACCCGAUUCUGCGAGAGCAGCUGCAGCGGAGUCUCUCUGUUCGUGAUCAGCAGCGAUCGAUCAUUGAAUCGCGCCUUCACAAGACUGCCAAGGACGACGGAUCCGAUGGUCUCAAGACUUCUGACGCAUUUGGGGCCAAGGGCUCAAAGCGGAGGCCUCCGCCCGGCUUGUCCAUUGUGCCUCCUUCGGCGGCCCAGUUCACCAACGAGCGAGUGGUGCAAUCUGCGCCAUUGAACCAGACCUUUACCGGCCGACAUCAACCUCAACCGCUGACCCGUCACGUCGCCAACCAAAGUCCAACAUUGGGUGCGACAUCUCACAUCCACCAUGUCCCCGCUACCCAAACCAACAACCGACUUCCCCCGCUGUCUGACGUCUUUGGAUCUGAUGCCUUGGGAUCGCGUGAGAACCGUGCUGCGCCCGCUUAUUACCAGGCUGCAGCGUCAGCUUCGACUUCGUCUCAUUCCAACAAUCUGCCUCCCAUGCCGUCCCCGGGUAUCCCGGCCAGUGCCGCGCAGGCUCGGCCCCGCGAGUACCGCUCAGCAGAGGAGGCAGUCCAUGAACUUUCUGGUGGACGUGAAGAUCUCCUUCCCCGUAUCGUCCACUACUCCGGUCAUCCUCAGGCUCGUUCGCCACCGUCGAAGACAACCGCUCAAAACGGUGUAGCACCCGUCUCUGCUCAUAUCGCACCGCCGCCACAACCCAUGUUGCAUCCAGAGGGAACGGCCCGUCGCCGUCCUCGAAGUGAAUAUGAACAAGACAACGGUAGCCCGCCGUUGGGCCAUGGUCCGGACCACUAUCGACCCAACCCGGCGAUGGCACCUGGUGCCAAUACCGCUUACCACGGUCCGUUUGGGGCUGGAAGAGACUCACCCGAGACACAGCGGCGCAAGAAGGAAGAAUUUUUGAGUCUCUGUUCUCGGGCGUGGGAUCUGUUUCACUCUUAA